AAAUAAUUCGUUUCUGAAAUAAAUACUAAAAUAAAAUGCUAAUUUAAAUGUAAUACUGUCAAUAUUAUUAGCAGUGACAGUAUUAACAAUAUUGUUAUUAAUACUGUCAAUUUUAUUAACAUGUUUUAAAAUGUAAGUUUAAUUUUUGGUGGCGGUCUGUUUGCUCCUUCGCUACCAUAACCAGCGGUCCUAUAUAGGACUUCAUUUCCCAUCAUUCCCCUCGCAGGUCGGGCGGAGAUCGCUUCCUUGUGAAGAUGGUGGCUCCCUUGUCUCUGCUUCUGAUUGUAGCCGUCACAAUCCGCGCGGCUCUGUACAGAUCCAGCCUAGCGGAGCUGAUCGCAGAGAGGGUGGAGGUGGUGUCUCCGAUCACCGCCUGGAAGCGAGUUAUCGAAGGUUUAGCGCUGCUUGAUCUGGGAGUUUCUCCGUAUUCCGGCGAUGUUUUCCACGAGACUCCCCUCAUCAUUUACCUCUUUCACUUUCUGGUGGAUUAUGCAGAAAUCACGUUCAUGCUGGCGGAUGUGAUCACAGCGGUGGCUCUUUACAUGGCCGUGAAGGACUUUAACAAGCAAGUGUUCAGGAAGCAGAAGUUUUCCGUGGAGGCGGAGCGUUACCCCGCAGACUGCCUGGAGCUCAUCAGGAGCCCCACUGAGAUGUUCUACAUCCCCCUGAAAGUAGCCAUGUUUUACCUGCUGAACCCGUUCACCAUCUUGUCCUGCGUUGCCAAGUCGACGUGCGGCCUGAACAACGCCGUCCUCUCCCUGUUCGUCCUCACAACCAUAAAAGGAAACGUUCUGCUGAGCGCCAUUUUCCUCUGCUUGGCCACCUACCAGUCCAUCUACCCUCUGACCUUGUGCGCCCCGGCCAUGCUGUACCUGAUGCAGCACCAGUACGUCCCGGUGAACCCGCGGCGCGCCGCCUUCUGGUGGUUCCUGGUCCAGUACCUGUUCAUGUACCUGGGCAGUUUGUUCGUCAUCGUCUGCCUGUCCUUCUUCCUGCUCGGCUCCUGGGACUUCCUGCCCUCCGUCUACGGCUUCAUCCUCUCGGUUCCUGACCUGACGCCCAACAUCGGCCUCUUCUGGUAUUUCUUCGCUGAGAUGUUUGAGCAUUUCCGCCUCUUCUUCCUCUGCGUCUUCCAGAUCAACGUCUUCUUCUACACCGUCCCUCUGUGCAUCAAACUGAAGGACCAGCCGGUGUUCCUGAUGUACAUGCAGCUGGCGGUGAUCUCCAUCUUUAAGUCUUACCCCACCGUGGGCGACACGGCGCUCUACCUGGCCUUCCUCCCCGUCUGGAGCCACCUGCACAGAUUCCUCAGGAACAUCUUCCUGGUUUCCUGCGUUCUGCUCGCCUGCUCUGCUCUCUUCCCGGUUCUGUGGCAUCUCUGGAUCUACGCCGGAAGCGCCAACUCCAACUUCUACUACGCCAUCACGCUGCUCUUCAACGUGGCGCAGAUCCUGCUGGUGUCGGAUUAUUUCUACGCCUUCCUGAGGAGGGAGCACCACCUGACGGCCGGGCUCUACCUGAAGAAGAAGGACGGCUCCGAGGCGACGCUGGUGCUGAAAUGAAGCGCGCCCUGCGGCUGCUGCAGAGCAACGAGCUGAUCGAACCUGAUCAAAUCUGAUCAAACCUGAUCAAAUCUGAUCAAACCUCCUCAGACUGGAAUGAGGAGGAAUAAAAACGUUGAUGGUGCAGAACUCUGAGCGACUCGCCGCCGUUUCCGAUGAACAAACUCUGAACUGUUCAGGAGGGAAAGUUUCAUCUGAGAAUAUUUUAUUCAGAACUUUUUCUGUUUAAACAUAAAAUGUAGGAAACGUGUGAAUGUCCAGAGAAAUGGCUCAGCAUCACUUGGUUUUGUCUAUUUUGCUUGAUGACUUUAAAUUUCUUUGUGUUGUGAGCAGAAUGCCAGGAUUAUAUAAAGUUCUAAAGGUUUCAGUUAUUGAUUGGAUCUUUUCUGGGAUGAAAACAACAAAACUUCAUUUUUUGUUUUGCAGAUUAUGGAUCAAGAUAAAAUUGUCCAAGCUGCCAAAACACAAAAUUUAUUUGUGUAUUUUUUUCCCUUUCUUAUAAAAAAUAUUUUAUAACACUUAAAAUAAUACGAAGCUAAAUUAAAGUAACUUUUCAGCAAAAUGUAGGAGCAUUUUUUAAUUAAAUAAUUAUUUGAUUUGCAUUAAACUUUCUGUUUCCACUGUAGAUUAUUAAACUUAUAACAUGGAAAAAUGUCUUAUUAGUCAGAUAAUCUGCAGGUGAAACGAUUAUUUAUUUAAAACAAGUUUUUUAUCUGUUGCUCAGAAGUUUUUGGUAUUUUUUAUUUCAGGUUUUCUCAGAUAUUUGCAGGUUUGGUUUCACACAUUAAAGGCUCAAAUGUUGAAUGUU